GCUUGCUAGCCAUGGAUGCCAACUAACUUCUUCAAUUGAAGGCCGGAGGAUCAUAUCUGGUUCCAGGAGCCUCUUGAGCAGGUCCUGGCAUUCGGCCGAGAUGCCCAGAUGAGUGGGGAAGGACACUCCUUUCUGCUGCUGCCACAGCAUCUUGGGGAUGUCUGUGUCAUCAAAAGCUUUUGUCUGCCCACCAUGUCUGGGUCUUGUUUCUUGCCUCCCUUGAUGGUCGUAAGUAUGUCUAGCUGUUUGGACAUUGCAAAGAUUGUUCACUUCUGUUAUUUUUGUAGUUAGUAUAUUAUUCAAGGGAACUACUCCCUGCUAAUCUCAGGGACCAUUUGUGAGCAGUCCGUGAGACCAGAGAUAACAAGGUGCUUUGGGACUUUUAGACAAAGCAUUGAAUCUCAGAAGACCUGAUUUGCCCACAGGGUGGUGAGCCAGGUCCUCCCGCCCCUGUGUCCUGACCCACAGCGCUCUCAGGGAGCCCCACUUGCCUUUUCCCCAUCUCCACUGGCCUUGGCGCCAACUCCUGCCCUCUGCCAGCCCUGGCUGUGGCCUCUCUGCCUGUCUCUACUCCCCUCCUGGAACAGGAGAAGCCUUGCCAGCUCAGAUCCUUCCCCUCAUGCCACUUUAAUCUUGGGUUUUGGAAGGUGUGAUGUUCCUGGACUCCCAGCAUCCCUCUGUUCCCCAGUAACCUACCCCAGACCCCAGAUCUGGGGGCUUUGCUAGGUUCCAACUAGAAGGGAAGAGGGAAUGAUUUUUCUGACCCACAGAAGCACCCACCCGCCUAGGCCAGCCCUCCCUCCAAAGGGGCCCCAGCUCACCUUCUGGCCCUCCCAUCUUGUCUAUAAUUUUAAUUGCCACUUUUCUUUGGUGUUUUUUGGAAAAUGCCUCUUUGACUUUUGAGUAGGUCCCUUCCCCAAUGGUCUUGCCCAGCUGGUACCCAUUGGAGAGCAGAAAGUCCUCCAUGCUGUCUAGCGCCUCUUCUUUCCUAUUACCCUCUCAGCUCAUGCUGCCUCUGCGAGGCAGCUCUACUCCACCAUCGCCCUUGGCCUGCUUCUUUUCCCCCCAAGGACUUCAUCCGCAGCCGCCCCCAGCGCUAGAACAUUCUCUGGACACAACCACGGGUGGUGGGGAGGGAGAGGACCAGACAUUUUUAAGCUCUGGCCCAAUUGUGAUGUAAAUGCUGUGUGACCCUUGGCCAAAAUGGGCAGUGCCCCUACCUGCCCUCCACCACCAAACCCAGCACAGGUUAAGUCACCGCCGCCCCCGCGCCAGGCAGCGAGCGGCAGCCCCGCAUGGGAGGGCGUUCCCGGGUGUCUGCGUGGGCCGGGGAGUUCCUCCCGGCGCGUUGCCCUGGCCUCCUGCGCCCCCAUCUAGCGGCUGGGGGGCUGCGCGACCCGGUCUCAAGGCGCCAUGGCAAGAGCCUUCAGCUCCGGGCUCCGGCCCGUGCUAAGUGCCCGGGCGGCCUGCGGCGCUGGCGGGGUUCCCCGGCGGGAGGAACGGGCUCUGUGAGGUCACCGCGCCGCAGCCCGGGUCACAAUGCAGCCCUCCCCCUCGACGCCCGGGCCGGGGCGCGUCGCAGACACCUGCCCGGCUCCGCCUGGACCGGAGCGUCCUCCCGCGGCCAGGGCUCGGGCAGCUGCUUCCAGCCUGGGACCGGCCUCGGCCUCCGGCAGAGCGCCCCGGGGCCUGGACAUGAGUGCCCAGGAGCCCCCGCAGGGUCGAAGAUUCCCCAUUGAGGCGGGAGACUCCCCUGGCCUUGCCGCCGCCCCCGAGUCCCAGGACAGCCCGGAGCCGGUAGCUACGGAGCACAACCCGGUCAGGCCGCUUCGACGCUGCCCGGGCUGCCACUGUCUGACGCUGCUGCACGUGCCCAUCGACGUCUACCUGGCCAUGGGCGGGAGCCCCCGGGCCCGCGCCACCUGAGUUCGCCCGCGCACGGCGGCUCCGCGGGAGCCGGGCGGGGACGAGGCCCUCCGCGGGCCACCACGCUGAGGUCGCACGCGCCGAGCACGAGACAAUGAUGCACAUUUUAAAAUAAAAGAAUGAUGCACAUUUUAAUAAAGCACAGCAUAAACUGUUCUUUCCA